AUGAUGAGGAAGGAGGCGCUGGGCAGCGUCGGCAGCACUGCGGGUAGCUCCUGGCCGUCUUCGGCGGAGCCUUCGCCGUCGCCGGCGUCCACGCCGACCUCCGCCGACGCGCCCGACGUGGACGCCGACGGGGAACCCCCCUACACGCUCGGCGCCACCGAGCACACCCCCUACCAGUGCCCCUUCUGCGACAAGGCGUUCCCGAGGCACUUCUACCUUAAGAAGCAUGAACAGUCCAGUUUCGCAGUGCAGCCGCGCUUCAUUAGCAAGUUGAUACCCAAAACGGAGCCCGUUUACGGGGCCGGUGCGUACGGAGAUACGCAUCUCGGCCUUGCACCGAGCCCGCGCGGGCUCGCCGAGGCGACUGGCUCGCCGUUACGCGGCUGUCUCGGCCUUUGUGUCGCCGAUCCGGCCGCGCUACGAUUACACGUUGCGACCGAUCCGGCCGAGAUAGGGGAAAUAGAAACGUCACUUUGCACGAUGUCCAACCGCCUACGCGCGAACCGAAAUCGCGAUGACCCGCCACCCGGACGGCGAAAUUUUGCCGUAAAGAGUAGUGCACCUGAUAAGUCU